AUGGAGUCUUCUUCUUUUUCCCUAGUGGACUUGGUCUCGAAGGUAGGGAGGAGGCAGUCGCUCGAGGGCGCAGGCAGGCCGUCUGGAGAAGUCACCGACGCUUACCCCUAUUCACCUCUCCAGUACGGCGGCUUCUUCAUCCUGUUCUUCUUCCCCGCUGUGGCACUCGUCGUCAUAUGCCUCCGGGUCUAUGGAAGAGUGAGGAGCAGGCAGUUCGGGGCCGACGAUGCUCUGGCAUGUAUGGCUAUGGCAUUAUCGAUCGCCGAGACAGGUUGUUCCUACGUGGCCAUGCGGGAGGCGUAUCUGGGAGUCCAUGUCUACGAUAUCCCGAUGACGGCCGAUGUUAGCCUUGGGUUCUACUGGAACUACAUCGUACAGAUCCUGUACAACCCGAUCCUGGCCCUGGUCAAGUCCUCCGUUUUGAUGUUCCUGCUCCGGAUAGGGGGACAGAAGCGGCAGAUCAGAUAUUCGAUCCACGCCCUGAACAUCAUCAACAUUGGGAUGAUGAUUGCUAUCUUCCUGACUGUGAUUUUUCAAUGUCUCCCGAUCCCCUAUUUUUGGGAGCGGCUUCUGGAUCCGACGUUGCCUGGGAAUUGCAUCGAUACGGGGGCAUUCUAUGUGACCACGGCGGCAUUGACUAUUCUCACCGAUGUUUUCGUCCUUGCCCUUCCCAUAUGGAUCUUUAUAGGACUCAAGAUGGCAGUCAGGCUUAAGAUUGCCAUAAUGUUCGUGUUCCUUUUAGGAGCAGUGGUUACUGUUGUCAGCGUUUUGCGACUAUUAUGGAUCAUUGAAACCUCGCUAUACCCCAUGAACUUCGACUACUCGUACGACAUCCGAUUUACGUAUUCUGCCGUCGAGACAAACUUGGCGAUAAUCACGGCAUCUGGCCCGGCAUUACGGCCGCUGUUUAAGAUCUGGUUCCCUCGCUUACUCUCCUCUAUGAAGGCCUCGAAUCGCAACUACCGUUACAGGGACACUCCGUAUGCUCUGGAUAAUACGAAGAACACCAACAAGUCAGGAACGCGAGAUACUAGUUCGAAGCCGGAGCAACCCUAUGCUACACCGUCAUUCGCCCUAAAGGACAUGAAGACACGAACAGAGAUACGCGGCCACUCACCGACGACCAGCGAGGAGGAAAUCAUGACGUAUAACGGCAUCGUGCGCACGACAGAAGUUGAUAUCGAAUAUGGUUCGAGGAAAGAUUGCCCGAAGGAGGGCCAGCGGCAGUGGGAUGAUAAGUUGGAACAUGCCCAGUGAGUAUUGGAGUAUUUGAAUUAACAAUAAAAAAAGGAACGUACAUGAGUAUAAUUUAAUAUAAUGUGUAAAUAAC